AUGGCCCACGCCGGCCGCCGCAGCCCCUUCAACCCGGGCGAGGCGUCCCCGUCCUUUGCACAGACCGGUGCCGGAUUCACCCUCGACGGCAGCGAUGACGACGCCGUCGCCGACGCCUACGAGAUGGUCGAGCCGCACGGCGGGCACGAGCGACGACACAGACGCACGAGCGCGAGCACACUCGCCAGCUUCCAGCCGUACACGCCCGACGAGGAGCUGGCGGUGCGGAGGAAGUUUGACAGGAAGCUGGUGCUCUUUGUUGCCUUUCUCUUCAUGCUGAGCUUUCUGGACCGGUCGAAUAUCGGCAGCGCAAGAAUAGCCGGCAUGGACGAGGACCUGCAGACGACGCCGCCCCGCGACGACUGGUACGAAUGGGCCCUGUCGGCCUUUUACAUGUCCUACGUUGCCUUCGAGUGGAUGUCGUUGCUGUUCAAGCUCGUGCCCGCCCACAUCGUCGUGUCCAUGACCGUCUUGACAUGGGGCCUCACGGCAUCGCUGCAAGCAGUUGCGCCUUCGUAUCCGGUGCUGAUUGCGCUGAGGGUGCUCCUCGGCAUAGGGGAAGCAGGAUUCACAGGCAUCCCCUUCUACCUGAGCUUCUUCUUCAAAAGAGAGGAACUGGCCUUUCGAACCGCCAUGUUCAUAUCCGGUACGCUGACCAGACCUUGCUCUCCCAACACCACGGCAGCUAAUGGCCAAAAAAAACCCCCCCAAAACAAAACAGCCGCUCCCCUCGCGACAAGCUUCGCCUCGACACUGGCCUACAUCAUCGUCAAGUUCGCGUCUCGAUCGCCCAUCGCCCCCUGGCGCCUCCUCUUCCUCCUCGAGGGCCUGCCGUCUGUUCUCGCCGCCGUCGCCGCGUUCACCACGAUCCCCGACUCGCCCUCGUCGGCGCCGUACCUCACGGAUCGCGAGAAGAAAGUCGCCCGCCUGCGCCUGCGCCCCCGUCCCCGGGCCGGCCACCGUCCGCCCUCGCGGCGGUCUCGACACACGCCGGCCUCGGGCCUCAAGCCCCGCGACCUGCUGCUCGUCCUCGCAGACCCCGUCGCCUGGCUGACGUCGGCCAUGUUCUUCCUCGCAAACAUGGCCUACUCCUCGCUGCCCGUCUUCCUGCCCAAGAUCAUGACGGAAAUGGGCCACGACGCGCUCACCUCGCAGGCGCUCUGCGCGCCGCCCUACCUCGUCGCCUUUGCCGCCGUCCUCAUCACCGCCCACAUGUCCGAUCGCCUGCGGGCGCGCACGAUUCCCAUCGUCCUCCACGCCUCGGCCUCGGCCGCAGGCUACGCCGCCCUGGCCCUGGCCGGGCCGCUCCGUCUGCCCCCCUUCCUGAGGUACUUGGCCGUGUACCCCGCCGCGGUGGGCUUCUUCAACGUCGUCACGCUCAUCAUCGCCUGGAGCAUCAACAACCAGGCCAGCCAGACGAGGCAGGGCGGCGGCUUCGCCAUCCUGCAGCUCGUGGGCCAGUGCGGCCCGCUCGUCGGCACCAGGCUGUAUCCCGACAGCGAUGCGCCAUACUACACGGCCGGCAUGGGCGCCUGUGCCCUGUCCAUGCUGGCCGUUGCCGUCUUGGCCCUUUUCCUGAGGUGCCAUCUGCAGCAUCGGAACAGCACCUUGGACCGGAAAGACGCGGACCGCGGGCUCGACGACUCUACCGUCGAGGAGGAAGCGCUCGUUGCCUCGGAGAGGCGGGAAACAGACCCGGCCUACUUCUUCAGGUACAUGUUGUGA